AUGUCGGCCAACAUGGAUCGCAGCUUGGACGAGAUCCUUGCGGAGAAGAAGAGCGAUCAACCUCGCAACCGCCGACGAGGUGGCGGAGGCGGUCACCGCGAUGGCGGCCGAGAUGGCGGCCGAGAUGGUGGCCGGGAUGGCGGUCGUGACGGCGGUCGUGAUGGAGGUGGCCGGUCCUACAGGCGCGACGAGCGUUACGACUACCCUCGUGACGGUGUCAAAAAGGUUGCCCUCCCUCCCUCCCCCUCUCUUCGAGCGCGACAAUACGCGUGGCUCGCGACCAUCCCUUCUUACCGCGACGACUCGCGCCACCUUGACAGCGAAUGGGUUCAUGACCGUUACGAAGAAGACUACAACCCCCGACGUUCUGCGCCUCACAACCGCCGAGAGUCUCCAGAACACCCUGACCCUACUUCAUCGAAGCUGAAAGUCGAAAACCUCCACUACGAACUCACAACUGAGGAGCUUGAGGGCUUGUUCAAUAGGAUUGGGCCUGUCGUCAGGCUGAAUCUUCGCUACGACCGCGCGGGUCGAUCUGAGGGCGUUGCAUAUGUCACUUAUGAGCACCCUGACGAUGCCCGGCAGGCGAUUCGGGAGUUCGAUGGUGCCAACGCCAAUGGCCAACCGAUCCGACUCUCAAUUGUGCCCAACGGACGUGACUCGCGCCCCCGUGGCGGACGCAACCCCUUCGACACUGCCGUGAUGCCGGGCCGUCCCCUCGCUGACCGCAUCUCAGUGCCGUCCGGUCGGUCCCGAUCUCUCUCGCCGUCCCGCAACCAGGACCUCGAUGACGCUGUUACUAAGGGCAUUGAUCGCUAUGUUCCUGGCAGGCGCUCCCGUAGCCCUAUGCCCAGACGACGCGGCGGCGGCGGCGGUGGACGCCGUCCCGGUGCUCGCAGAGAGGAGGGUAGGGACCAGCAGGGAAGCCGCGGUCCCGAACGCACAAGGGGCGGCCGGCCCAAGAAGACGGCAGAGGAGCUCGACGACGAGAUGGCGGAUUACUUUGGCGGGGGCUCAGCUGGCCCUGCCGAGACUGGCGCUGCUGAGAAGACGGCCGCUCCUGCUGCUGUUGAUGAUAUGGAUAUGAUUGAGUGA